AUGACCACAGUGAGAGCUUUGAUUGCAACUGCAGUAAAGAAGGGAUGGUUUCUCCGUGGUGAUCUUCAUGAGGAAGUGUAUAUGGAGGUCCCACCAGGACUAGAGGUCACUAAGGAAGGACUGGUUUGCAAGUUAAACAAGUCCUUAUAUGGCCUCAAACAGGCAAGCAGGCCGUGGUAUGCCAAGCUGAGUGAGGCAUUGUUCUCCAGAGGUUAUACACAUUCUAUGCUUGACUAUUUAUUAUUCCAUAAGAAAGAAGGCACUAAUGCAGUUUAUGUAGAUGAUAUAGUUGUGACAGGGACUGAUGUAGUAGAAUUAGAAAGACUGAAGAGUUUUCUUCAUGACAGUUUCAGAAUCAAGGACCUUGGCAAAUUGCAUUAUUUCCUGGGAAUGGAAGUACUGUAUAAGGCAGAUGGUGUAGUAAUAUCACAAAGAAAAUUUACAUUAGACUUAUUAAAGGAAUAUGAUUGCUUAUCUCAGAGUGACUUCUCUUCUCCCUUAGAUCCUACUGUCAAGUUGAAGGCCAAGGAAGGCAUUCCAUUACAAGAUCCUACUUACUAUAGAAAGCUGGUGGGAAAACUCAAUUUCUUAACCAAUACCAGAUUAGACAUUGCCUAUGGAGUUCAACACCUGAGUCAGUUUAUACAAGACACCAGAGAACCUCAUCUUAAGGCACCCUUUCACUUGCUCAGAUAUCUGAGAACUGAUCCAACAUUGGGGAUUUUCUUUUUCAAAGAUGAAGACUAUACUAUAAGAGCCUAUUGUGACUCUGAUUGGGCAUCAUGUCCAGAUUCUAGAAAAUCUGUCAGUGGUUAUAUUGUCUUGCUAGGUCACAGUCCUGUUAGCUGGAAAUCCAAAAAGCAAGAAACUGUCUCACUAUCAUCUGCAGAGGCAGAGUACAUGUCAUUGAGGAAUGUUGUAGGAGAACUGGUUUGGCUGAGCAGGUUAUUUGAAGAGUUAACUGUUCCAUUCCUUCAUCCUAUUGACGUCUACUGUGACAGCCAAUCUGCAUUUCAUAUAGCCAGGAAUUCAGUUUUUCAUGAACGAACUAAACACAUUGAAGUUGAUUGUCACUUUGGGUGGGAUAAACUUCAGGAAAGUCUCAUUUCCUUGCACCAUAUCACCACCAGUGCUCAACUAGCAGACAUACUAACCAAGGCCUUAACAGGCAUCAAACAUUCUGCUAUAUUGCACAAGUUGUAUGUGCUUCACUCACUUCCAACUUGA